AUGGAUCCUCCAUCACCCUCUUCAUCCGAUGAUUCAAUUGAUCUCGACGACGCUAUUCUUAGUACCGUUGCUUUGACAGUUACUACUAUGAUUCAAGCCGCGGAAGACGAGGAGGACGAGGAAGACCAACUUUCGCCUAGAAGAAGAACGGUUCUGGAACGUCGACGUGAGGAGGCAUACGCGCGAUUGGUCCGCCUUUACUUUGCUGAGCGACCCGUAUUUGGCGCGAGGGAUUUUAGACGGCGCUAUCGUAUGAGCAAGCGGCUAUUUUUGAAAAUUACAAAUGACUUGGAAGAAAGGUAUCCAUAUUUUCAACAAAGAAUGGAUGCUCGUGGGAAGCUGGGUUUCAUGCCGAUACACAAGACUACCUCCGCGCUUCGUCAAUUAGCAUAUGGGUGUAGCGUCGACUUGUUUGACGAGCAUUUGGAGAUGUCGCUUCAUGGUUUCCCUGGUAUGAUCGGUAGUAUUGAUUGCAUGCACUGGCCAUGGGAGAUGUGUCCAACCGCAUGGCACGGUUCGCACACCCGAGGGGAUGUUGGUAGACCAUCAUUGAUGCUUCAGGCGGUUGCGUCUACUGACUUGUGGAUUUGGAAUGCAUAUUUUGGUCAGCAGGGGUCCAACAAUGACAUCAACGUGUUUGAGGCGUCCCCAGUCUUGGAAGAAAUUAUAUCUGGCUUAGCACCUACAGCGGGUUUUUAUGCAAACAACAACUACAAAGCCGGAUACUACUUGACAGAUGACAUCUACCCUGAGUAUUCCACUUUUGUGAAGACUUUUACUGACCCGAUUGAUGAAAAGAGAAAAUACUUUAAGAAAAAACAAGAAUCGGCGCGAAAGGAUAUCGAGAGAGCAUUUGGGGUUCUUAAAAAGCGUUGGAAAGUUAUUAGUUUUCCCUCACUGUUUUGGGACAAGCAGAGGAUGCAUGACGUGAUAUACGCGUGUAUCACUCUACACAACAUGAUAUUGGAGGAUGAAGAUAAAGCUUUUUGUUAA